AUGAGAGUGUAUCAGUGUCAUUUCUGCUCUUCCCCGGUUUAUCCCGGCCAUGGUAUGAUGUUUGUGCGUAACGAUGCCAAAGAGUUUAGAUUCUGUCGGUCCAAGUGUCAUAAAGCUUUUAAGCAACGUCGUAACCCUCGUAAAUUGAAGUGGACCAAGGCUUUCAGAAAGGCUGCCGGUAAGGAACUUGCAGUGGAUUCGACUUUGACCUUCGCACAGAGAAGAAAUGUCCCUGUUAGAUACAAUAGAGAAUUGGUUGAAACGACUUUGAAGGCUAUGGACAGAAUUGAAGAGAUUAGACAGAAACGUGAGAGAGCAUUCUACAAGAACAGAAUGAAGGGUAAUGAGGAGAGAGAUUUCUUGAGAGAUAAGGCUCUUGUGGAAGCUAACCCUGAGCUAUUGAGAAUAAUGGAGGUUGAAAUGGCCGAGAAGUUGGCUAGGAAGCAAGCUGCAGAGGAAGAGGUAUCAGAGGAAGAAGAGGAAGAAGAUGAAGAAAUGGAAGUCGAUAGCGAGGAGGAAGAGGAAGAGGAAGAGAAGAAGCAAAAGGUCUUGUUGAAGAACAAGAAGAGAACCUCGAAAAAAAUUGCAUUUUAG